UUUAGAAUUAAAUGUAAUGUAAUCGAUCCUUUCCAGGAUAUUGUAACAUAUGAUGCUGGUUGGCAGUUGUGGAAGGGUAGGGGAGAUCUGCAAAGGAGCGGCGUAGAAAAUCACGAACAUAUUGCCCUAUAACCCAUGCUAUCUAGGACUUUACCUUAUGUAAAGGGUUCAUUAGCCCGGUUUUCACAUUCAGCCGCCCAUCCUAAGGGUGCUUACUCGAUGUCUAACACAUGGCAGGUUAGAAAUCCAUCUCUCCUUUGUAAUUUAUGUAAUUAUCUUCGUUCUUUACAUCCCCUCUCCGCUACUCGGUAGUGAGAGACUCGUCGCUAUGGCUAGCACAGGCUAUCAACAUAUUAUGCCUGAGCAGGCGGGACUUGAAGUUGUACCUCACGAUUAUGGAAUGCAAGUAGCGCCACAAGAUUAUCUGAUUCCCGUCACGACUGAGCAAGAAUACAAGGCGGCACAACAUGAUCUCCCGAUUCCAGUUGCGGGUGGACAAGAAUACAAGGGAGCACCGUUUAUACCCACACCAGCAAACGAGGGUCAUUCCCCAGUUCGGAGGAACCUCAAGACGAUAAUAAUUGUCGCGGUCGUUUCUGUUCUAGUAAUUAUUGGAGUUGUAGUUGGUGCUGUUGUGGGAACCCAAAAGAGUCGGUCAUCGUUGUCGCCAUCGCCUACGACAACGGGUUCUAGUGACCAAGGUGAUUCCUCGGAGGGCGGUGGAGAUCCGGGAGUCUCUGAAGCUCAGAUGACAGGCAGCCCAACGAGCGUGGCAGCGGGUCUAGCGCCGACAGCGAUCUCAUGGGGUUAUCCUCAUUUAGAAAUAUUCGCUUUGACAAAUAACGAUACAUAUUCCGUCUACCGUAAAUACCGAAAUAUCACCGCCGAAUCCGAUACCGAUUUCGUUCCAACGGGGAAUACCGAGAUGGAACUCGUAGGUGGAGGAAUCGACACCAACACCACGCCGUCCAUCGCUAUAAACUGGUAUAUACCAGAUGGAGGGCAGAACCGAACCGAACUUUACAUCAACGGGAAAACCUUCGCUUAUCGAAAAAGUCACACUACCAAUGAGACCUGGGAUCAACCCGAACCGAAUGUGUGGGAUAAUUACCCACGUACCCAGUUCGUCAGUGCUCCCACUGCCGUACAGUACGAUCCGUCGUACCAGGCCUUGAAGGUUUUCUAUCUGGGCUCGGGGGAUGCGGGACUCACGACUUUCUACUUUCAAGUUCAUAAUGGGGAACCGUGGUCCGACGAAAUAAAAAUAACAUCGCCUGACUUACAGCCAAUGGCUCCUGCGGUCGUCGCGUGGAAUGGUGAUGACACGAGGUUAGAUAUCUUCGCCGUGUCGAGAGCAAACAGCCACUUAUUACACUCCUCGUACGUUUCCGAGACGGCGGAAUGGACCGAUUACGAAGAUCUACACGGUUUCGUUACAACACCCCCGACCGCCGUAUCGCGUACUCCGGGAAUCUUAGAUGUAUUCGCUCGCGGUGCUGACGCGGGGCUCUGGCAUCUUUCAUACGACGAUGGGAGCGAAAAGUGGACGAAUUGGACUCGAAUCAGCGGGGAUACAAAGAUAAAGGGCCAGCCGCAUGCGAUUAGUAUCAGUUCGGAUAGUUUCGACGUGUUGGCUUGGGGAAAUGAUAAUAAUAUCCUGCAUAAGCGGUACAAUAGCACCGCUAAAAGCUGGACUCCGGAUAGCGGUUUCACGGUCUUGAAAAGCGAUCCGAUUCGAGGACCCCCGAGCGCUGUGAGCGACGGACGUAAUCUGCAUGUUUUUGCGUACACGAUGAAUAAUGAGUUAAUUUGGAAGACAUUUGAUCCGUUGGAUGUUGCGGGGUCGGAUGCUGAUGCGUCUACAUUGGCAAAUGUGCCUUUUGUUUAAGGACGUAGGUGGCUUGGAAAGAAAAUCAGGGGGCUGGGAUCUGCAUUAGAAAGUACACACCCAGAAGGACGUCCACUAAUAUUUAUAAAGUAUUCCAUCUCAGAGAUGAGGCCUUAGCUGAUGGUCUUGGGGUAUACCAAGAUAUGGUAGCACCGUAUAUGACAAAAUCGGACGCUACUCAUAAAAAGACGGAUAUGACCAAGAUAUCCCGUCCUCUCGUGAAGAAGGCUGGAUUUUAAUUCGGAAGGAAAGAAGACGAUGAUAUGUUCACGUUUCAAUUCGGUGGGCAGUGAUUCUGCACAGCAUAUUAGAGGGGUUAAAGCAUGAUUGGCCGAAUCUAAGACAUGGACGCGUAAGUGAGCAUAUUUGCUUUUACGAUGUAGUCUGAUAAUGUACAAUAAAUAUAUUGAUUUAUUAAUCGGGUGCAGUUCAAUUUGAGG